CACAGCCAGCGGCAGCACCUCCUCUCUCCCUCCGUCUCUCCGUCCUCCCACCCACCUCCGCUACUACGACACCAGUGACCACUGUCCAGCAACCUUACGUAGGCUCAGCCCAGCCCAAGCCCGACCAGCCGACCUCUCCAAAUCAAGACCGUGGCCCGUCCUCCUUCACCACGGUCCACCCCAUCCAUCUAUCCCACCACUUCCCGACCAACGUGGCCAUCGUCAAUACUGACGCUGCCCGUCCUUCAUUUCCCGGCCUACCCAACGAAGCCAAAUCAGGCCUACAUUACGAUAAACGAUAUCCAAUCCUGUAUCUAAUCCGCUUUCCCCAUUCGCAGGCAAUCCGACACCCUGUCAUGGCCAUAGGUCCAUACUCCGGAUCCGAACUAUCCCUCUCGCAUUGAAGCUUGCCGGGACCCAAUUUCGCCCAGUUGAGGGUUUCCCUGGGCUGCAACCAAACGUCGUCGCGCCCCCGUCACCACCGACGCACCCACACACUCCUCGCUAUCGCCAGCGACCCAAUAUCACCCUUUGUCCAGCUUGUGGUAUCUGCUUGUUGGAAUACCCAUUGAAGGGAUCAGCUCUAUCAAGGACAUUUGAUCGGGGCCCGUGACGGCCGGACUCUUCCAUCGCCGCUUUCCACUUUCGUGCGACUUUCGUCCGAUCCGCCAACCACGACUACCCUCUCUGUCGCCAACCUGGUCGACAUUGAUUAUCACAGAAUUUCGACUUGACUGAAUUUUCUUCAACCGAGCUACAAGAUGUCGAGCUCAUUCGAAAAAUCGGUCAAAGGCGCCACCAAGAUAAAGGCUGCGCCGCCCAAGACGAAAUACAUCGAACACAUUCUCGUUGCGACACAUGCUGGUGAAGCGGGCGUGGGUGAGGUCUUUCGCGCCCUGCAGUUCCGUCUACGAGACUCAACAUGGACCGUCGUCUUCAAGAGCUUGAUCACCGUCCACCUGAUGAUCCGUGAAGGCUCGCCCGAUGUCACACUUGCCUACCUGUCGAGGCACCCGAACACGCUUGCUAUCAGCAGUUUCACCGACGCCCAGACACAAGGACGGAACAUUCGGCAUUACGCUGGCUACCUCGCCGCGAGAUCCAAAGCCUACCGAGAAACCAAGUGCGAUUGGGUGCGAACCAAGGAAUCCAGGCUGGAGAAGCUCUCGGUCGACAAGGGCCUCCUGCGAGAGACGGAGAUUCUUCAGAGCCAGAUUUCGGCCCUUUUGAAAUGCGAUGUUCUCGAGGGCGAAAUCGAAAACGAAAUUACAGUCACCGUCUUCAGACUGUUGGUGCUCGAUGUGCUAGCUCUCUUCCAGGCAUUAAACCAGGGAAUGAUUAACAUUCUCGGCACCUUUUUCGAAAUGUCCAAGGUCGAUGCCGAAAGAGCCAUGGCGAUCUACCGCACCUUCACAAAGCAGACCGAUUUUGUAGUGCAAUACCUCAGCGUUGCACGACAGUACGAGCAUCAAACAAGGGUCGAGGUUCCUAAGUUGAAGCAUGCGCCGGUUAACUUGGGCCGCCAGCUGGAGGAGUACCUGAGCGAUCCGGAUUUCGAAGUCAACCGGAGACAAUACAUUGCUGAGCAGCAGGGCAAGAAGAACAAGGUGGGAGGAGUUUCAAAGCCGACGUCUAGCGCAUUCGACUCCAAACCUGCGGCAAACAAUCCUUUCCCGAGCAGCACGUUCCCGAGCACGAAUGGCCUGUCGCAGCCCAAGACCGAGACCGCCAAGGGCCCUGCCCCCGAUCUGAUCGACUUCUUCGAGUCUAUCGAGCAGAACCAGACGACGAUGGCGCCGAAUGCACAACAGCACCAGCAACAGCAGCAAAUGCCAAUGCAGACCGGUUUCGCCAACAACAGUCCCUUCCAACCGCAACCCACUGGGUUCCAGCAGAAUGGCUUUGCGCCUCAGCCGACAGGAUUCGUGCCGCAACAGACAGGCUUCGCUUCCAACCCGUACCAGCCGCAGAGCACAAAUCCGUUCGGCCAGCCUCAGCAGCAACAGCAGCCGCCCCAGCAAACACAACAGCAACCAGCGGCUCAGCCACUGCAGCCCAGCUUCACCGGAGCUGGGUUCGGAGGCUUCUCGCCCCAGCCUUAUCAGCCAGGUACACUUGGUUCAAUACCGCAAGACUCUGUGGCGAGCUUCCCGACAGGCAACACAGGCAUGCUGAGCCCUCAGGCCGGCCAGCAAAUCACCAAUCCUUUCCGGGCAUCCAUGUUGAUGGCCCAGCAAACGGGCAUGUCUACGAACACCGCAUUUUCGAACCCAGCGAGCCCCAACAUGCAGAGGCAGUCUACAAAUCCCUUUGCCAGAUCCUCACCUCAAGCCCAGCAGCCAUUCUCACCGGCUCCUAGCAAUUCACCAUUCCAGACUCAACCUCAACCUCAGCAACAAACACAGCAACUUCCCACGAUUGCUCCGUUGCAGCCAAUGAUGACUGGUACCAACCCGUUCGCCAAGAACUUCACCGGCUCUCAACUCCAGCAGCAACGGCCUGCAACUAGCUCUGGAGCCAUCGUGCCUCAACCAACAGGCACCACAAACCCCUUCCGUCAGGGCUCCUUUGUCAACCAUCAGACGGGCAUGGGCUGGCAACAUAAUCAACAGCCAAUGGGUGGUGGACUGGAUAAUCUCGAGACGACGCCCGUCUUCCCCCGACCCAUCCAGCAGAGCCCCUGGCAGACAUAAUAGCAGUGCUCUUCCAAGAAGCUCUGACCAGCUGUUCUAAAUACACCAGCCCAGUCUAACCGGGGUACACCAUUUCUUCAAAUUUCAGAUCAAAGCGUGGCGUUCACAAGGGUCUUUUCUUUUCUGCUUUGUACAAUCGAACGAUGCGUAAGGUAGACGGGCAACAGGGUUAUCACACGAAAACUAAAAGCUCCCAAGUUGGGAUGGUGGGACCGGUGGAGGCCGGCGACCGUCGCAGUAUGAGUCUGAAAAGAUGUAUUAUUUAGUGAGUCAUAACUUAGAUGUAAUUCUUGCAUA